AUGACGAGUAAUUCUGAUAGCGACACACCAGUGACUCCUAAAAAAGCUAAAACAACCAAAGUUUUACAAAAAUAUAAACCUGAGUGGGAAAAACAAUACAACUGGAUAACAAGUGAUCCUCAAAAUAAAAGUAAUGCAAAAUGUAUUACCUGCGGCGUGAAUUUUACAAUCAGUUCAGCUGGCAUUGGACAGAUUAAGCAACAUCAAAAUAAUCAGAAGCAUAAGAUGAAAACUGAAAUGAAGAAAACAUCUGGUGCAUUACAAAAUUUCCUUACAUCAGAUACUAAAUCAAGAUGUCAAGGAUCUAGUGAUGAUGAGAAUAUUAUAGCAGCGGAAUUAGCAUUGACUUUUCACAUUGUAAAGCAUAAUUUAUCUUAUAAUAGCAUGGAUUGCCUAAAUAAAUUAAACAAAAUUGUAUUUGUAGAUUCCAAAAUAGCUAGUAAAAUACGCUUGGCAAGAACUAAAAUGGAAGCUUUAGUGACGAAGUGUUAG